ACCUUUUCCCCAGCCCCUUCUCUCUCCUCAUCGCCCUCAAGGCUUCCUCUCUCUCUCACUUUUCUCAGAUCUCUCAAACGCCCAACCCUCAAAAUCCCAAAUCCUCUCGCCAAUCCUCUCCAAGCAGACAGACUUCCUUCUUAUAAAUCCUUCAAGAACCUAUAAAACUACCGUCUUUUCGAAAUCUCCUUCCCUCUCUCCCCCCUUUCCUUUUUCCCUCCUUAAUUCGGAUCUAUUAUCCUCAUCACUAUACUCUCGACAUUCGAUUUCAAGAUUUCUCCCGAUCGCUCGUAACCUGGAACCCUAACUUGUUCUCACUUUCACGAUUUUGAUCUUCUGAUCUGUGUGCGGAUUGGGUUUGUGUGGGCAGAGUCUGUUUCUUCGAUUUGUGGGUGGAAAAAGGGGGCACAAAGAGAAACGAGAAAAAACCAUAAUUUUCAAAAGGAAAAAGAAAUAAGAUUUGAUUUUUGGGUUCUGUGUAUUCUUUUUGAGUUAAACCAAUUCAGGGAAGAAAAAAACCUAUAUAUGGCGGAACAAGGAGGCUUGGAAGGGAGCCAACCGGUGGAUCUUUCCAAGCACCCUUCUGGCAUUGUACCCACCCUACAGAACAUUGUGUCCACAGUGAACUUGGAUUGCAAAUUGGAUCUUAAGCAAAUCGCUCUGCAAGCCCGUAAUGCAGAAUAUAACCCUAAACGUUUUGCUGCUGUUAUCAUGAGGAUCAGGGAACCUAAAACCACGGCGCUUAUCUUUGCCUCGGGGAAAAUGGUAUGCACGGGUGCUAAAAGUGAACAGCAGUCGAAAUUGGCAGCCAGAAAGUAUGCUCGAAUUAUCCAGAAGCUUGGUUUUCCAGCGAAAUUCAAGGACUUCAAGAUCCAGAACAUAGUUGGCUCAUGUGAUGUGAAGUUCCCAAUUAGGCUCGAGGGUCUGGCGUACUCUCAUGGUGCUUUCUCAAGUUACGAGCCUGAGCUGUUUCCUGGACUGAUCUAUAGAAUGAAACAGCCAAAGAUUGUACUCCUCAUUUUUGUCUCGGGGAAAAUCGUGAUUACAGGAGCUAAGGUGAGAGAUGAGACAUACACAGCUUUUGAGAAUAUAUACCCUGUGCUUACCGAGUUUAGGAAAAUCCAGCAAUGAUAUGCCUUCGAUAUCAUGGAGCUCUUGAUCUGUGAUGUCUAGGGAGCAUAUUGGACAUUUUCUGAUGGAUGGGGUCUUUUGGAAUUUGCAACUGUCCAUUGAAACAAGAGGGCGAACAAAUGGGAUUAUUAGGAGUUGGUGGCUGGGAGUGUUGAUGUUUGUAAUUAGGUCAAUCUUGGGGGUACUCCUGCCAAAAUUUGGGGACAGUUUUCUGUUAUAUGUAAUUGGUCAAACUGUUCUCAGAGACUCGAUCCUUGAAGAAAGAAGCUAAGGGAAAAGAAAUGAAGAAAUGGGUUGCAAUUUUGGUGUCAGAUAAAAAUCAUAUGGUUUAAUUAUAUGGAAACGCGUAGCUGUUGGAGAGACAGAUUGCUCCUUUUCUGAUCUUGAACAUGAUUUGCUAAGGAUUUUUCAAUCCCCUCCUUCCUAGAUGAUUGCUGGAUGACAGUUAACUCAUCUUGGUAUCUUGAAUUCUUGAU